AAUUCCAUUUCAAUAUAUCAAAAACAUUCUUAUCUCUUAUACAUCAUUUUUAUUUUACACAGCCUAGCCAUUAUUUUUAUUAACCAUGAUAUCUUUUCGUUUGUUUGUAACACUUUUGGUUCCUUUUUUACUUGCCACUUUUGUUUCUUCUUAUUCCAUGAAUGAAGUUAAACUUUGGUGUAACCAAACACCUAAUCCUCAACCUUGUGUGUAUUUCUUGAGCAAUAACCCUUCUUAUAAACACAAACUCAUCAAACAAAAAGUUGAUUUCUUCAAACUUUCAUUGGAACUUGUUCAAGAAAGAGCACUUAAAGGCCAUGCAAAAACUCUUUCAUUAGGCUCCAAAUGUAGUAACUCACGUGAAAAAUCAGCUUGGGCUGAUUGUGUUGAGCUAUAUGAACAAACCAUCCUUAAGCUCAACAAAACCCUAAACCCUAAAACAAAGUGUUCUCAAGUUGAUGCUCAAACAUGGCUAAGCACUGCUCUCACCAACCUUGAGACAUGUAAAGCUGGAUUCUACGAUCUUGGUGUUCAAGAUUAUAUUCUUCCUCUCAUGUCCAACAAUGUUACUAAAUUGCUAAGUAACACUUUGGCUCUUAACAAAGUUCAAUAUCAAGAACCUAGCUACAAAGAUGGGUUCCCAACAUGGGUUAGGCCAGGUGAUAGAAAGCUAUUACAAACUUCAUCGCCUCGACCUAACGUAGUAGUAGCAAAAGACGGGUCGGGGAAGUACACAACUGUUAGUGCAGCCGUGAAUGCUAUACCAAAGAAUAACAAAGGUAGGUAUGUUAUACAUGUGAAGGCUGGUGUCUAUAAUGAACAAGUUGAGAUAAAGGCAAAGAAUAUUAUGUUGGUUGGAGAUGGUAUUGGUAAAACUAUAAUUACUGGAAGCAAAAGCGUUGGAGGAGGAACCACAACAUUCCGUUCUGCCACUGUUGCUGUUGUUGGAGAUGGAUUUAUUGCUCAAGAUAUCACAUUUAGGAACACUGCCGGUGGAAAGAACCAUCAAGCUGUUGCAUUGCGUUCCGGAUCAGACUUGUCUGUAUUUUAUAGAUGUAGUUUUGAAGGUUUUCAAGACACAUUAUAUGUGCAUUCAGAUAGACAAUUCUACAAACAAUGUAACAUUUACGGUACAGUUGAUUUCAUCUUUGGUAACGCUGCUGCAGUGUUCCAAAAUUGUAACAUAUUUCCAAGAAACCCUCCAAACAAAGUUAACACAAUCACUGCACAAGGUAGAACAGAUCCUAACCAAAACACUGGCAUUUCUAUUCACAAUUCUAGGGUCACCGCUGCUUCGGAUUUGAAACCGGUCCAAAAUUCUGUUAAGACUUAUCUUGGAAGACCAUGGAAGCAAUAUUCUAGGGCAGUUUUUAUGAAGACUUCUCUUGAUAGUUUGAUUCAUCCAUCUGGUUGGUUAGAAUGGAGUGGUAAUUUUGCAUUAAGUACUUUAUAUUAUGGAGAGUAUAUGAACACUGGUCUUGGUUCUUCCACAAGAAACCGUGUCAAAUGGCAAGGUUUUCAUGUGAUAACAAGUGCUUCUGAAGCAUCAAAGUUUACCGUAUCAAAUUUCAUUGCUGGAAAUGCAUGGUUACCUGCAACCAAAGUGCCAUUUACAUCUACUCUUUAAUUGAGUAGACCUAGUUACAUUGAUAAUUUAUUGAUUUAAUUGUUGAUUGUUUGAUUUGUUUCAAUAUUCAUUUUAUUCUUUGAUAAUUGUUUAAGUAACAUUACAACUUGAAGUUUAUUGUGUAUAAUUUGUUGGUAUCUUAAUUUUUUUGUAUUUGAUUGUUUUGUGUUGUUAGAUUGUAAUAAUAAUCAUAAAGAUGUUGCUUUGCCUCAUUG